UCACAAGUCGAAUCGGGCGUUGCCGUAAAGUGUGAAAUAGUGUUGAGAAUGCGGAAGUGAUGUGCUCGCUCAGCUGUUUAUUAUCAGACUUUAUUUAAAAGUGACUCUGGAGCAGCAGCGAGAAUCAGUCGUAAUGUCGAAGCCCAGUCUCCUGGUCCUGUACGGGAGUCAGACUGGAACCGCCCAGGACACGGCUCAGAGGAUCCUACGACAGGCCAAGAGGAAGUGGCUGCAGGUUCAGGUGUUUCCUCUGGACAGUUACAACGUGGCCGACCUGAUCUCAGAGCCUCUGGUGGUUUUCGUGUGUGCCACCACCGGACAAGGAGAAGCUCCAGACAACAUGAAGAACUUCUGGAGGUUUCUCUUUAAGAAGUCUUUACCUGUUGGAUCUCUCAGUCGGCUGGACUGUGCCGUUCUGGGCCUCGGGGACUCGUCCUAUCCAAAGUUCAACUUUGUGGCCAAGAAGCUCCAUAAGCGGCUCCUGCAGCUCGGUGCCCGUGUGCUGCUUCCUGUCGGGCUGGUCGAUGACCAACAUGACCUGGGUUCGGACGCUGUGAUCGACCCGUGGCUCACGUCAUUUUGGGAGGAGGUGUUGGUCUUGUAUCCGUCUGUGGCUGAUGUGGCUCCACUGAGGGAAGACGAACCACUCCCCCCAACAUACAUGUUCCACUUCCUGGAUGAUGUGAAGGAGGAGGCCGACCACAGGCUGAGGAACACGGAGCAAACUGUCCACUCCGCGUCUCAAGCCUUUCCUGCCAGACUGGUGUCCAACAGGAGAGUAUCAGACGUGUCCCACUUCCAGGAAGUGAGGCACAUAGAGUUCGACAUCACUGGAUCCAACAUCCAGUUUGGUGCCGGAGACGUGGUGAACAUGCGUCCCUGUAACGCACCAGAAGACGGACGACAAUUCUGCCAACUGCUGAGAUUAGAUCCAGACGCCAGAUUCACGCUGAGCGCCACGGACAACACUGCAGUUCCAGCCAGACUCCCUCAGCCUUGCACUGUGCGCCACCUGGUGGAGAGCUACCUGGACAUCGGCGCUGUGCCUCGCCGCUCCUUCUUUGAGCUGCUGUCCACGUUCGCCACCAACGAGCUGGAGCGGGAGAAGCUGGUGGAGUUCAGCUCGGCUGCAGGUCAGGCCGAGCUGCACAGCUACUGCAACCAGCUGCGACGCACCGCACUGGAGGUUUUGACGGAUUUCCCAAACACUACAGCCGAACUCCAAGUGGAUUAUCUCCUGGAUCUUUUCCCUGAGAUCCAGCCUCGAUCUUUCUCCAUCGCCUCCUCGCUCCAGGUUCAUCCAAACAGGCUUCAGAUCCUCGUAGCUGUUGUUCGCUACAAAACCAAGUUGUAUAAACCACGAAGAGGCCUCUGCUCCAGCUGGUUAUCCUCCCUGGACCCUGAACAAGGGGACGUGCGUGUUCCUCUGUGGGUGAAGAAGGGAAGUCUGAAGUUCCCUAAAGAGCAGGACACUCCUGUGAUCAUGGUCGGACCUGGAACCGGAGUGGCACCGUUCAGGUCGGCGUUACAAGAGAGGACCGCUGAGGGAAAGACCGCCAACGUCCUGUUCUUCGGCUGUCGCUCCGAGUCCAAGGACUUUUACUUCAGGUCAGAGUGGGAGGAGAUGACGGAGGCCGGACAUCUGACCCUCUUCACGGCCUUCUCACGAGACCAGGAGGAGAAGGUGUACGUGCAGCACCGUGUGACGGAGAACGCUGCGCUCCUCUGGGAUCUGAUCGCUAAUAAACGUGGCUGCUUCUACAUCGCUGGAAACGCUAAACAGAUGCCAGCCAGCGUGAGCGACGCGUUGAAAGGUGUCUUCCAGCAGGAGGGGGGCGUGUCCUCAGAGGAAGCCGAGCAAAUGCUGGUGGCCAUGGAGAGGGCGGGGCGACUCCAGAGCGAGACGUGGUCAUGAUCACGUGUCGACGUGUUGCCUGUGACACCGAAUCGAGGCCGUUUGUUCACGAGCUUGUUUGGUCUGUGCCUUCAUCACAUGGUUCCAGCUUCUUCUCAUCAGACAGAACAACUGAGCUGCUGCUGAAAUAUGAGGAAACCGACUCUGAGACGUUUCUCUGAAGGUAGAGAACAGAGAAAAGUGCAGGAGGAUAAAAACCUGAAGAUGAGAAGACUCCUCCUCCUCCUCCCACACACUCAUAAAUAUCAGUCUGAUUAUUUUCAUCAAGAUCCAUGAAUUAUUCUGAGAAGCAUCAAGGUUGAGAAGCGUCUUCUCCUCUUUCAUGAAAUCAAAGUUGAUUAUUGAGUAAAUUAUGAAAAAGUCAAUUUGAUUAGUAAUGUGGAAGAUUAUUAAAAUGUCCGGCUUGUUUUCACAUUAAGGCUGAAAAUGAAUAGUCUUUUUUUACUUUAUUCAAUCAAAUAUUUCUUGGGCAUUUAAACGUUUACACUUAUUUUAUUUGACUUGUCUCGUGUAGUUAAAUGUAAACUAUCUGGAUUAAAUCUCAUAUUGACGGCAUUAAAACCCAAA